GACCGAGUUCUGCAUCCCGGCCAGAAAACUGCAGAGAUGAUGCCGUGUCUUUCUCCAGGAAACGCCCAGAACCACCCGGCGCCGCGGUCUACAAAGCCCGGAGCGUCCGAAGGCGGGAGGGGUUGGGCGAGCCCGGGAGGCAGGAGGAUCCCCACUACACAGGCUCACGCCCGGCUCCCGGAUCAGGCCGCCUCCACCCCCAUGAAGACCCCCAGGCCGGGGCUGAGAGCCUGGAGCAGCCCGGACGGAAAUCUUGUGGCGGCCUUAGAGCGUUAGACAGGAUGCGGCUGGGCCGCCGGGCCCUGUGUGUGCUGGUCCUGCUGCUCGCCUGCGCCUCGCUGGGGCUCCUGUACGUGAGCACUCGGGAUGCGCCGGGCCUCCGGCCACCCCUUGCGCUGUGGGCGCCCCUGCAAGGCCCCCCCAGACCAGAACUGCCAGACCUUGCGCCCGAACCCCGCUAUGCACACAUCCCGGUCAGGAUCAAGGAGCAUGUGGUGGGGCUGCUCUCUGGGAACAACUGUAGUUGUGAGUCCAGUGGAGGGAGCUUUUACCUCCCAUUCCAGAGGCAGGUCCGAGCCAUUGAUCUCACCAAGGCCUUUGACCCGGAGGAGCUGAGGGCUGCCUCUGCCUCCAGGGAGCAGGAGUUCCAGGCCUUCCUUUCAAGGAGCCAAUCCGCUGCUGACCAGCUGCUCAUAGCCCCUGCCAACUCCCCUCUUCAGUACCCCCUGCAGGGUGUGGAGGUCCAGCCCCUCCGGAGCAUCUUGGUGCCAGGGCUGAGCCUGCAGGCAGCUGCUGGUCAGGAGCUUUACCAGGUGAACCUGACUGCCUCCUUGGGCACCUGGGACGUGGCAGGGGAAGUGACUGGAGUGACUCUCACUGGAGAGGGGCAGCCAGAUCUCACCCUCGCCAGCCCAGGGCUGGACCAACUCAACCGGCAGCUUCAACUGGUCACUUACAGCAGCCGAAGCUACCAGGCAAACACAGCAGACACAGUCCGGUUCUCCACGGAGGGACAUGAGGCUGCCUUUACCAUCCGCAUAAGACACCCCCCCAACCCUCGGCUGUACCCAUCUGGGUCUCUACCCCAGGGAGCCCAGUACAACAUCAGCGCCCUGGUCACCAUCGCUACUAAGACCUUCCUGCGUUACAAUCGGCUACGGGCACUCAUCGCCAGCAUCCGCCGCUUCUACCCAACGGUCACCGUGGUCAUCGCCGACGACAGCGACAAGCCAGAGAGCAUUAGCGGCCCCCACAUCGAGCACUAUCUCAUGCCUUUCGGCAAGGGCUGGUUCGCAGGCCGGAACCUGGCCGUAUCCCAAGUAACCACCAAGUAUGUCCUGUGGGUGGACGACGACUUCGUCUUCACGGCGCGGACGCGGCUGGAGAGGCUUGUGGACGUGCUGGAGCGGACGCCCCUGGACCUGGUCGGCGGCGCGGUGCGGGAGAUCUCCGGCUUCGCCACCACCUACCGGCAGCUGCUGAGCGUGGAGCCUGGCGCGCCAGGCCGCGGGAACUGCCUCCGGCAGAAGCGCGGCUUCCACCACGAGCUGGUCGGCUUUCCAGGCUGCGUGGUCACGGACGGCGUGGUCAACUUCUUCCUGGCGCGCACAGACAAGGUCCGCGAGGUCGGUUUCGACCCGCGCCUCAGCCGCGUGGCGCAUCUGGAAUUCUUCCUGGAUGGGCUUGGUUCCCUUCGAGUGGGCUCCUGCUCAGACGUCGUUGUGGAUCACGCAUCUAAGUUGAAGCUGCCUUGGACAUCAAGGGAUGUGGGGACAGAGACUUAUGCCCGCUACCGUUACCCAGGAUCACUGGAUGAAAGUCAGGUGGCCAAACACCGCCUACUCUUCUUCAAACACCGGCUGCAGUGCAUGACCUCAGAAUGAUGGACAUUCGGGGCCUUCAAACUGUCAGGCUGGGCCUGCCUCCUUGUCCCUGCCAGGAAUUUCUAGAAAACUCCAGGAAUCUCUAGCAAACCCUACCACCCAGUGACCACUCCACUGACUGUCUCUGAUCCCCUUCAGAAUCUGAUUCCCAAAUAGGGGCUUGUCCUGGUGACACUCCUCCUUUCUGUGAGUGCCCAGGGACUUGAUGGGGCCAUAACUCAUCCCACAGCCAGUGCCAAGUCCUCCCCCACCCCCUUCUCAUGGGGCAGGAAGUGGGGGGGGGUCACUUUCCAAAUGCCAAAGAGCCCAUGGGGACUCUAAGAACCUGAAGUGGAAAUACCCUCCUCUCAUCUCCUUGGGACUGAGGGGGUGGGGAAGCCCCCAAUGUGUAUUCCCAGGGUUGUGCCCCUCUCCCCCAUCUCUGGAUCCAGGACUCUGUGCAUGGGCUCCAGCCCCACCCCCCAUGGAGAGAACUGGUGACUCUGGAGCUGGGGUGAGGGCUGGUGAACACACAAGUGAAAGCCAUUUUUAA